AUGCAGUUUGGGCAAAGUGGACACUUAACGUCGACCCUGUUGAUUGGCGGCAUCCUGCUGAUGGGCCUGAUUUUAGUGGCGGGCAAGGAUCCGAGUGGCCAGGAUGCGCCGCAUAUACGACACAAGCGCGGAAUCUUCUGGGACUUCUUCCAGAAGAUGGUCAUCACCAAGAAUCUCAUAGUGGAUCAAUACACAGAUACGCGCAACACACUGAACGACAUCUACAAUACUGUCAAUGAACAAUUCAGUGAUCCAGGUCCCGAAAAACCCACCAUUCGUCCCAGGGUGACAACGGAGAAAACUUCUAUUAGUGGCGAGGAGAGUGGCAGUAAUAGCGAGGAGCCCACGACUACGGAGGCGUUCCAGAUCUCCCGCUAUGAACUGGGUCGCAUUCUGGGCAGGAACUUCCGGGGCCUUCAAAAGUUGGCCAUGAGCGAGUUCAGCACGGCCCUAAACGCCACCAAGUACAAUCUGGCUGAGUACAAAUCCGAGGCAGAUAAACAGUUUGCCAACAGUUUGGCGGUGGAGAAGAAGAACAAGCUGAAGAGUCUUACGGGCUGAGCCACG